GUUUUGGUAUGGUUUGUCAAAGGAAUAGCUCACCCAAAAAUGGCAAUUCAAUCAACGUUUCCUCACCCUCAGACUAAUUGAUUUUUUUGUAGUGUGAGUAAAUGAUGGCAAUUGUCUUUUUUUUUUGGCUGAACUGAUCCUCGACAACAGUUGAACUUGAAAAGCGUGUCUCGAGGUCCAGUUCGAUUGCGUCGCAUUCCGUCUAGUGGCUUUUGAACGCAAGAAAGCGUCGUGUGUGAACGCCCUUCACUCGACCCGCCUCUUCAGGCCCGUUACAUUCACUGGAAUAAAGGGAAACGGGACAGUCUGAGGGAAAACUCUUAGCCUGGAAACAUAUUUGGCACGACCGAGGGUAGUUUCCGCCUUCAGAAGUAGUUUGCGACCAAGGAGAAGAAUAUAUAAAUAGUAAUUCGACCAUUUAAGCUAUUUUCUCCUUUCAUCAGGAAUACGAUUUUGACUACUUACUGAUGGAUGACUUAGGAGUGCCUGAUCCGUCUAACUACCCUCUUAGUCCUCGUAUUGUGAUGUUUGAUGCUCUUCUAGCUGAUCUGGAGAAUUCAGCAUUCCCUCUGGCACGCUGUCCUGUCCUGCUGACCUCUGACCCUCCAGUGACCUCUGAACCCUCGCCCACUGCUCAGGAUCCUCCCCAGACCCGACCUCCUCCUCCUGCAUACACACCACAACAAACUGUUUCUGCUGCGAUGAACGGCUCUCAGAACUCAAACCCAGACAAACUUUACAGUACAGUAUGUAAACCGCGCUCCCCGCGCACAGCAGACCCUCCCCCUGCCUUCUCUUCAUCCUCAGUUCUGGGAGGCGGUCUAAGUGAACUCGAUCAUUUACUGCAGGAGCUCAAUGCCACACAGUUCAACAUAACAGAUGAGAUUUUGGCCCAGUUCCCCACUACCAAAAAAGAUGACAAGUCUUCAAAGUCUGGGCCGUCCUCUCCUGGCUCUGUGAAACCUUCAGCUACAUCUGCCACUCUAGAGCUGGACAAACUAAUGGCGUCUCUGUCAGACUUCCGAGUCCAAAGCACACCAGCAGCUCCUGUUAGUCCUGUGACUGCUUCACCACAGCAGACUGUAGCUCCGCCCCCUGCCUCUUCUGGAGGCUCAUUGGACAGCAUGUUGGGUCUUCUCCAAUCAGAUCUGAGCAGGCAAGGAGUGCCCACCUCCUCUAAGGGGAACUGUUCUGCUUGUCAGAAACCAGUUGUAGGACAGGUCGUGACGGCUCUUGGGCGGGUUUGGCAUCCAGAGCAUUUUGUUUGCUCUGAGUGUGAGUGUGAGCUCGGCAAUCGUAAUUUCUUUGAGAAAGACGGUCGACCAUACUGCGAACCAGAUUAUUUCACCCUGUACUCACCUCACUGCGCGCAAUGCAACAAGCCCAUACUCAACAAAAUGGUCACUGCGCUGGAUAAGAACUGGCAUCCAGAAUGCUUCAGCUGUGUGAAAUGCAGUCGGACAUUUGGAGAUGAAGGUUUUCAUGAUCGUGAGGGGCAGCAGUACUGUCAGCAGUGUUUCCUUUCUCUCUUUGCCUCUCGUUGUCAGGGCUGCUCUCAGCCCAUCAUGGAGAACUACAUCUCAGCUCUGAGUGCUCUGUGGCAUCCACAAUGCUUUGUGUGCAGGGAAUGCUAUUGUCCAUUCGUAAAUGGCAGUUUCUUUGAGUAUGAGGGGCAGCCCUUGUGUGAAGCCCACUACCACCAGUCCAGAGGCAGCGUAUGCCAGGCUUGCCAGCAGCCCAUCCUGGGGCGCUGCGUCACUGCCAUGGGCGCCAAGUUUCACCCGCACCAUCUGGUGUGCCACUUUUGCCUGAAACCCCUCAGCAAGGGAUGCUUCAAAGAGCAGGAGAGCAAACCAUACUGCCACCCCUGUUUCAUCAAACUCUUCGGCUGAGAACAAUGACAUGAGAUGAUGAGAAUGAUGAUGAAGAUUGCUCAAUGGUCAUAUAGCUUUAUUAAAACGUUUGUAAGAGGAAGCAAGCGCAAAGAUCAGCUGUUCUACCAAAUGUUAUUUCAUUGCAUACAUCUUUAAUGGAGAAUGAAUAUAGAAAGAUAAGGGAAUGUCAACAAAUCCUAAAGAAAUCCAUUUGGAAUCAUAAUGUGCAACUAAUUUUGAAGGAUCUUAAUGGGAAAUUUCAUAUAGGAUUCCAACAUAACACAAAACAAGCUAGAUCUUUUAAAGCAGUGGGUCUCAACUGGUUUUGCUUCAGGACCCUGAUUUUACAUUGGACAUCAAGUGGCGACCCAACACAGUAAAAUUGAAAUUGUUCAACGUACAAAAGUCGAUAAACAAUGAAAAUUAUUCAUAUUAGUAUAAAAUGCAUAGACCCAGUAUCAUUGAAAUUGUAAUGCCCUCGACAGCCAAUAAUUCACGGCACAAAACCAUGUUCAUCCCUAUUGCGAGUGAACCCGUAUUUAAUGCAUUUUUCGUCGUCCUUAUGUAUUUGAGGAUGAGUGUAUAUCACAAAACCUGUUCAUGUUGGCCAGUUUGUUGACCUACUACCAAGUGACAUAUUUGCAUAUUGCACCAGUAUACCACAGUUUGAUCGGACACACAGCCUUUACAGACUGAUCUCCUCAAAAUAAUGUGGCUGUGGCGAUAUUUUUGUAAAAUUACAUUACAUGAUAUCACGGCAGAUCCAAUGUGAAAUGGCCUCUGUGUGGUGCUAAAAGCGAAUGAAAUGUUCCCCCAAAAAGAUGAUGAGGUUUGUAAGAAUAAUGCUCUUUCUAGUUUUAAAUCAACAAAACCGACCUCCCUUCCCUACACCGUAAACCGAACCAACAGAGUCAGAAAAAGCAAAUGUGAGAUGAAAAACGCAAUUGCUGAAGCAUUCACAUCAUUUUGUAGUGCUUUUAUGACACUUUCGGCUCAACUCAUCGACUCGUGUGCUCUUCUGGACUCGUCCUGGUCUUUUGCAUUUGUAUAUCAGUUGAGAU